AUGCACCACGGAGGGCAACAUGUAAUGCCUAACUUGGUCGCGGUAAAGUAUAGGGCUAAGCAAAGUUUCUCCAUCGAAGAAUAUUUCCUCUCGGUGGCCGUUAGAAUUCGGCUGAGACUUCCGAUGGAGUUCUUCGCGGUCGAAAUAUAUAAUUUCAAGGGUCGGCCCGCUUUGGUGGAAAUGAGCACCGGAGGCUUGGCCGAAUAUGCUUUGAUGGCGUCAAAUGCCCUUUGGUCUCUUCCCACCUAA